AUGUCCUUCACCGCCGUCUCGACCCCGCACGCGCCCGCCGCGGUCGGCCCCUACUCGCAAGCGAUCAAGACCGAACAAUUCGUCUUCUUCUCCGGUUCGAUCCCCGUCGAUCCCGAGACCAAAAAGGUCGUUUACGGGGGUGUGGAGGAACAAGCGGUGAGUUGUUGAUUCCUCCUUUGAAGCGUGCAUGCGAAGAGAGAGGGGCGAGCGGACGGAAAGGGGCUGAUGUUCUGGCCGUCUGAGAUGUGUCUUGUUCAAACUGGGGUAGAAACAAGCUUUGAAGAACAUGAGUGCCGUCGCUGAGGCUUCGGGUGUGCCUUUGACGAGCAUCGUCAAGACGACCGUUUGUGAGUCCGCUCGUCUCGCCGUCCUUCAAGGGACUCGGAGAUCGCUAUCACUGACCACCCCGAGUGGGGCUAUUGCUUUGGGGCGAAUAGUCAUCAAGGACAUGGUCAGUAAUACAUUUAGCUUCACACUGAGCCUGAAUGGUAUCGUGUCCCCGACUGACCCCCUGACCCCUUUUGAUUGGCCCCCCCCCCCCACUCCACUCCACCCUCCCCAACCCCACACAGAACGACUUUGGCAAGGUGCGCCCCCGACUUGUACCCUACUCACUCUGUAAACCCAUGGACCACUCACCACUUUUUUCACUUUCUCCUACUCACGCUCAGAUCAACGCCGUCUACGCCGCGCACUUUGGUGAUCACAAGCCCGCCCGAUCCUGCGUCGAGGUUCGUUGCCUCACAUCCUCCUCCUCCUUCUCGCUCAUCUCUGACCUGACCUUCUCUUCGUUGGGGGUCCACCCCAGGUCGCAAGGCUGCCUCUCGACGUAUUGUUCGAGAUCGAGGCGAUCGCCGUCGUUUCCAAGUAG